GUCCCAUUCAGAUCGCGUUGAGCGCGCCCCGCCGACACACGCGCGUUGCCUCGCCGCGCAAAAUGUCAUACAAUUUUUAAACCCGUGCACUUGUCAAGAAGAAAAAUGCCGAAAUAUAAUCAUUUGCUGGCGUUUUUGUUCGCCGUCUGCUUGGUUGCGGCCCUGGCCAUGCCGAGUCCGACAUCCGCAGACGAUGAUGAUGACGAGGACGACACGACACAGCAGAGCCGUGCUGAAGUCGACGACGAUGGCCGCGUCUACAAGAAUCCUAGGAAUUCCCCCUCCGCCCAGUGCCCAAGAGAUGAGGAGCAGGCCACGCUGCUGGGUCAAAAAUGCCUCCGCAAAUGCUCCUCGGACGAGGACUGCAAGAGUAAGAAGAAGAAGUGUCUUUGCGACGGAGCCUGCGGCAUGUCCUGCAUCAAACCAGAUCGCGAAUGCCCUGAGCUGGAGCAGCCAGAAAUCGGCCAGGUCACGCUAACCGGCCGACUGUUUGGAGACAAGGCCCUGUACUCCUGUCCCCACGGGUACCACGUCGUGGGACUUCAGAGUCGCAGCUGCCAGGCGGACGGAAAGUGGGCUGGACAGCCACCUGCAUGCAAGGAGAACAUCUACUGCCUCCAUCCACCGACGAUCGAGCACGCGCGCCACUCCGCCCUCCCAGAGCAAGCGACCUUCGACCUUGACGCCACUGUCCAGUACAACUGCCACACCGGAUACGUCACCAACGGCUUCCCCAGGGCCAAGUGCCUUGCCAUCGACGGGCAGGCGUCGUGGUACGGCCCGGACAUUAGCUGUGAACCCCGGUCUUGCGGCGAGCCGGGCGACGUGCCCCACGGGUGGGUGACGGCCGACUGCCACACGUUCGGCUGCCGAGCGGUGGUCCAGUGCGGCCAAGGGUUCGAGCUGGUGGGCAAGGCCGAACGGUACUGCCAAGCCGACGGGGCUUGGGCGCCCAAAGAACUGCCGACUUGUGUCCUGGUGACUCAGGUGCAGUGUGCCCCGCCCGAGGCGCCGCGGCAUGGCAAGGCGGUGUACACGUCCUGCGCGUACAACUCCGUCGUCUCGUACGAGUGCAAGUACGGAUAUCGGCUUGUGGGGGACGCGACGCGGCGCUGCGGCGCUGACAAGAAGUGGUCCGGCACGCAGCCAAUGUGCAAAGAGAUCAACUGCGGGCAUCCUGGACAGUUAUGGAAUGGAUGGUUGGAGAACAUCUCUUCUGGAACUGGGCUGGGCGCGUCCAUUAUCUUCCGGUGCCAGGAUGGCAUGAAGAUGGAAGGCAACGGGUCCGCCAUUUGCCAGAGCGAUGGUACUUGGAGUCAUCCGCUGCCGCAGUGCUUGGCGCCAUGCGUGGUGCCCCACGUGUCUCAGGGGAAGGUGGUACUGGUGGAGAACAAGACAGACAACGCGACACACGAGCCCAACACGCAGAUCGUGGGCAGCUCCUCAAUGGUGCAGCAUGGCGAAGUGAUAAUGGUUGACUGUGAGAAGAACUACGAGUUCCCGUCGAACAACGCGGCGGUGACCUGCAACAAUGGCACCUGGACACAGAUACCGCGCUGCCAGCCCGCCAGGUGUAAGAAGAUGCCCAAAUUCCCUCGCAGCGGGAUGGUGAUAGCUCCCAAAACUGAACACGGUAUGAAGGCCAGGUUUAGGUGUAAGGAUGGGUACGAGUUGAAGGGAAAUCCCAUCGUGGUCUGCUCUUUUGGGAAUUGGAGUGGGGAGACUCCGAAAUGCGAGGAAGUGUACUGUCCAUUCCCGGGAUACAUAGAAAAUGGAAAAGUUCUGCUAGUCGGUAACAUGGGGCUAUACGAUUAUCGACCUUACGUCAAGAAAGUAGUAAAUAACAAACAAAUAAUGUACGAAUGUGAGAAAGGCUAUGUAUUAUCUGAAGGUCCUCCUGGAGCGACCUGCGUGGGAGGUCACUGGAGCCCACGGGAGUUGCCCAAAUGCACACUUUACCAACACCCGCGUAUCCGUUGGAGCCGAAGACGCCGCUCCAUCGACACUGAGCUCAGACACCGAAGAUCAGCCUACCUUCGUCAGUACUACAACUCUCUCCGCCGCCAAACCAAUCCCACACAACAGUACAUCGACGAACUAUAUGAUAAAUACAACCAUGGCACGCAAAAACCGACCUUACGACACGCGAAUUUUAAGAUCAUGAAGAAGUUCGAUGAUUUUGAAGAGGAUAUUGUGCCUGGUACAGUAGAUGAUAAUGAUGAAAACUUUCCCACAGCCGUUUACACUGUUUAUAACGUUCAUGGAGAACCUAUUGGUCAUAGACUUUAUUCCUAUCAACCUGUUUAUGAACCGGAAGACGAUGAUAUAAUAGAACAUGACGAUGAAAUCGAUUACCAAGAUUCAGAUAGUUACGACCUUCCGCAUGCAACAAUACUAAAAGGGGGAGUAUUUGCCGAUAAACUGGACGAUAGCAUCGAAAAUAUCGAUAAACUAAAGCACGAGUACUUCGAGAGAUAUAUCGAUAAACGGAGAAAAAGAUUUUUGAACAAGAACAGUGAUGUGAAAAAAGAUUUGGAUGAUGAAUUAGAUAGCAUGGAAUCGACUGUCGAGACAGUCACGGCGAUAGCUAAACGACGCAAGAGGUAUGUGAAUGAAGAAGAACAUUACAGAGAAUUCACUAAACCUAUUAAUGAUCUGGAAGUUACAAAUGAUAUAAGCACAGAAUUACUAAAAGUUAUACCGCUAAAGAGGAAUCAAACUGAAUCGAGCAAAGAAGUAGCAGUCAUCCCUCUGCAGCAUAAUAAGACGAACUCUACUGAAGUGGAUAAUAUUCUAGAUAAAAGAGAUAAGAGAACAAGCAGGAAAACAGAUAGACUGAAUCAAACAACUGCUACUGUACCAAAAACGGGCAGAGAAGGAAAAGGUGGCCGUACCCGCCACCCUCCACCAGAUCCAUCGAGCGAGGAGCAAGCACAAAGCUCCGACAUAAAAGAAACAAUCGACAACUCCAAUAAAACUGGCAACUCUACUGAGAAGGGACGGAGGGGCCGACCCAAGAGUCCUUGUGAGCCGAUAGCUAGCGAUCCUUAUGUCAACAUCGAAGUUGUGAAGUACGGUCGGGAUCCUAAUAAUACUUUCAGCUCAGGAACAAUAGUACGAGUUGCCUGCGGGAAAGGUUACGGCUUGAAUUUGGAGCAAAAUGCAACAGCCAAGUGCGUGCGAGGGCGGUGGAAACCUGAGAAACCUAAAUGUGAAAUACUGCCUUGUCACGUACCAUCCACGGAGUACGGAAUCUACACAAUGUCGGAAUCAGGACAUCAGAACUUGGGUAUCGGACAGGAGGAGAAAGAAUUGAACGAGACAGAUCCAGUGCCUAAUGGACAAGUGGUGCACUUCUCUUGUGAAUACGGAUACAACGUGCAAGGUCCUACGAACUUGCGCUGUUGGCUCGGAGAGUGGGCCGUCACCAGCAUGCCAGAGUGUGUUGCAGCCCCCUGCGAGCUUCCACUGCUCCACGGCGCGUCGUACGAGGCAGGGUACAGGUCUGGGCUGACAGUCGCCCACGCCUCAUCAGUCAACAUCGCCUGCGACCCUGGCCGAGCACCACCAGCUACACUGAAUUGUCAUUUGGGAAGAUUGCAGCCGACCGUACAUGACUUUUGCAGGCCUUUGGCUAACCUAACUCGACCACGACCGACAUCAGCCUACCAAAGCGGUUCAGACAUAGUCAGGGAAGAUAUAUCGGAUCUAGAACCGGAUCUAGACGGAAAGAGCAUCACCGACUGCGGCCCUCCGGCAAGGGUCCAAGGCACGCUAGUGUACCGCGACGGAGACGAAGUAAACGGCACAUUGGGUUUAGAAGGCUACCCGCACGGAACAGAGAUCACUUUCAAAUGCAUAGCGUCCAUAAUGGGAGAGAAGACUACGUGGAAGCUCAUAUGCGAGCAAGGGGAGUGGGUUGGCAAGAGUUUUAACUGCGAGGACCUCGAGGCUCAGAGCGAGGAGUUGAUGAACAAUAACAGCUGCACGUUCCACAAUGACGAGCCGCACGUGGUCGCCUUCUACAACGACCUGGAGAUCACAGAGACCGUCGACUUCCCUUACGGAGCUGUUAUCAUAUCGAGAUGCAGCGACAUAGGAAAGUACGCGAUGACCGGCUCCCAGACCAGGAAGUGCAUCAGCGGCUCGUGGGACGGCGUGAAGCCAUCUUGUUACGGACUCAACCAAGAGAACGACUACGCUAUGGACAAACCUCCAACGAUAUUGUUCCGGCACUCCCAGGGUCCAAUAGCCCAGACGAACGACGGCAAACUGCUUGUGUAUCCUGGCACGGUGCUGCACAUGGAGUGCCUCUGGAUGAGGAGGUUCGGCAACCCUAAAUGGAAUGUCACGCACACCAAUCCAGAUCCUGAUCGUAAAUACGCGGAGGGCUGGACAACAGACCCUGGCCGAGACAGCCAGCUGGAGUACCGGCUCAGCAUCAUCAAUGCAGUGAAGGAAGACUCCGGGAUAUACAGAUGCGAGACUCCAGCGCGGCAGAGUCAUCAAGUGGAGAUCAUUGUUGAAGAUGUCCACUGCCCCCCACUGCCUAUACGACGCGGGCUGGUGGCCAGUGGAGUAGGAACGCGGCUAGGCACGGAGAUCAGGUUCUCAUGCGCCAAUGGAAAUGCCCUCAUCGGCGCUCAGGGCAUCACCUGCAGGGCAUCAGGCAAUUGGAGCGCCCCGCUACCAGUGUGUGAAAGCGUGGAAUGCGGCGACGUGGUGCUAGACACGCCGCUGGGCGCGGGCGAGCGGCGGCCGCGCGUGGCGGUGGUGUCGCGCGGGGUGGGCGGACGCGCGGCCUUCUCCUGCGCGCCGGGCUGGGCGCUGCGCGGGGCACCCGAGACCGUGUGCCUGCCCGCCGCCGACUGGGCCCGGCCCUUCCCUGUCUGCACUGAGGUAUCCUGCCCAGCUCUCCCUCCACCGGCCUCUGGGUACGUCCUGGGCCGCGCGCCGUACAGAGCUGGCGAUGUCCUACAAUUCCACUGCAACCCUGAGCACACGCUGCACGGAAGACCUAUACUGGUCUGCCAGGACAGUGGCAGAUGGAGUGAUAAGCCGCCUACUUGUGCUCAAGCCUGCACCUACCCUGGAACCACUAUAUCUGGCCGGAUGUCUUCAGUGAAGUUUUACUACAAGAUCGGCGAGACGGUCACCUUCACCUGCGAACCUGGAUACAGGCUGAAAGGAGCUCCCAUGCUCAGGUGUCUGAAGAACAGAAAAUGGUCAAACGCAAUACCACUAUGCACGCCAAUGACGAACUACACAUCUUCCGACUCGGUCGCCAUGUUGAAUGCCGACAUUGACGCCAUGUUGUCGGACUCCGCCAUCAUGCCGUCCGACAUCUUGCGGACGCGCGACACGCCCGCCAUUUUGUCGCCAGAGAGCUACAAGGCGGCGGUGACGCGCGUCGCAGUUUCCAGAAUGUUGCGGCGCGGGCCCAUAGAGAAUUAUAGAAAUAGGAUCUUUAGAGUAAACAGGCUUUUGAGGAGGGAUGGUGAGAGAUAAUUUUUGGAUGUUUUUAGGUAAUGGCACAGAUUGGUUAUUUUUUUGUUAUGGUGAUUUUUAUUUAUUUUAUUGAUUAGUGUUUUUGUACAUUUUGUAUUUUUGGAAUAUUGAUCUAAUUUGAUUGUCUAAAGACAAAUUUGAAUUGAGUAUUUUAUGUGGAUUAAUAUUUGUUAUAUUUGUUAAUGAAACUGUGCAUUAUUUUUAUGUAGAUAAUAUUUAUUUUUAAGUAAUUGAACUUCAUAAAAAAUCUCCUAAGAAUCAAUCUUAUUCUUCUUAUAAAAUUCUUCAGCAGUCUAAGACUGCGAUUUUUACAUGAGAAAUAUGCAAAACUUCCAAGUGACUAUAAUUCUGUAAAAAUAAUAUAAUUUAAGAAUAAAUAAAAUGUAUUAAAUAUAGUUUUUUCAAAAGUCUUCAAUUAUAUAAAUUUCUCGUGCCAAACUGAUUUACUUGAAGUUUAUUAAUUUCAAAUAAAGAACUCUAAUGUUACCAAGGCUAAGGAAACUUCACUUAAAGUAUCAAGAUUGCGUUUGUGGUUUGUCUAUGACAUAUGUCAACAAAGAGGAUUUGAUAAAUACAACUGAUAAGACUUUUAGAAAAUUAAAUAGGUUAGAACAUUCCUUUGUUAUUUAUAUUAAGUUAUUUUAAUUCUUCGAAGACUGUUUUAUUUUGUGAUAAAAUAUAAUUUUUCAAAAAUUGUAAAUAAACGAUCGCUUCGCCAAAGAAAACGUUUAGAAUACUCAUGUUAGUACUUAAAUUUCGUGUAGAUAUAUUGUAGCUAGAUAAUGGGUGCACUCACACGCGGCGUUUUUAAAAACGCUACGCAAUUAUCCACAGUAAGUGCGCCCGGAUAAGUUAAUAUAAUGAAUUUUGAAUUGUACGCUAGUACAUAUCUAAUAUCACGCACAAAGGUUUGGAACUUUUUUAUCAUUGUCUCUACACGAUACGGUAUAUAGCUCAACGGCAAAAUGUAUCAAAUAGCCCUUUAAUAUUUCUCUGUGAUAUGGGUUGAAAUGUUAAUAUUAUAUUUUUCGUCAUUCUAAAAUAAUUGUCGUAUACCAUAGAGCUUAACCAUCUCCAAAUAAUCUGAUUAAUAUAUUUUUAACGUUCAUUCAGCUUAGAAAAUUGGUUCAUGGCUUAUUAAUUAAUAGAUGUAUUUUGAAAAAUAUCCCAGACAUACAAUUUUAAUUGAAUUGAUUAUUAUAUUAUAUGAUUGCUGUAAAGGUGCUGCACUAUUAAUGACUAAGCAUAAGCUUAGUACAGUACAGCAAGCUUACUUAUGUUUGAGCUAAACACCGUUCGUUAAUGUGCAUAUCAAAAUAAAAUUUGCAUAUCGUCUAAAUUAAGGAAACAAACAAACAAACAUGGCGUCUUUUUAAUCGUAUACGUUAACGUCUACACACACUUGUAAUAAUUCUGUCCCGUCACAAAAAUAAAGGAAUUAAUAAAUAAUUAUGAAUAA